AUGGCCCCCAAGCCGAAACAGCCGUGCUACGUGCUCGGCGUGGGCCUGACCAAGUUCAUCAAGCCGCGCGGCAAGGUCGACUACACGGAGCUGGGCUACGAGGCGGGCAUCAAGGCGCUGCUGGACGCGCAGAUCACGUACGACGACGUCGAGCAGGGGAUCGCGUGCUACUGCUACGGCGACUCGACCUGCGGCCAGCGCGUCUUCUACCAGUUCGGCAUGACGGGGAUCCCCAUCUACAACGUCAACAACAACUGCUCGACGGGCUCGACGGGGCUGGCCAUGGCGCGCAACACGAUCGCCUCCGGCGGCGCCGACUGCGUCCUGGUAGUCGGCUUCGAGAAGAUGAUGCCGGGCAGCCUGCAGUCCUUCUUCAACGACCGCGAGAACCCGAUCGGCACCACGUACGCCAUGAUGGCGACGACGAGGGGCAUCACCAAGGCGCCCGGCGCGGCCCAGAUCUUCGGCAACGCCGGCCGCGAGUACAUGGAGAAGUACGGCGCCACGGCCGAAGACUUCGCCGAAAUCGCGCGCAUCAACCACGCGCACAGCGUCAACAACCCUUACUCGCAGUUCCAGGACGUCUACACGCUCGAGCAGAUCCUCUCGUCGCCCACGAUCCACUCGCCCCUGACCAAGCUGCAGUGCUGCCCGACCUCGGACGGCGGCGCCGCCGCAGUGCUCGUCUCGCAGGCCUUCCUCGACGCCCGCCCGCACCUGAAGGACCAGGCGGUGCUCAUCGCGGGCCAGUGCCUGGCCACGGACGGGCCAUCCCUCUUCUCGCAGAGCGCGAUCGACCUGGUCGGGCGCGAAAUGACCCAGCGCGCCGCGGCGGCCGCCAUGGCCGAGGCCGGGGUCACGCCGCGCGACUUCGCCGUGUGCGAGCUGCACGACUGCUUCAGCGCCAACGAGAUGGUGCUCCUCGACGCGCUGGGCCUGGCCGAGCCGGGGAAGGCGCACGAGCUGGUGCGGGCCGGCGGGAUCACGUACGGGGAAAAGGGUGAAGGCGUGGUGGUGGUCAAUCCCAGCGGCGGGCUCAUCUCCAAGGGCCACCCGCUCGGCGCAACGGGGAUCGCGCAGUGCGCCGAGCUAGUGUGGCAUCUGCGCGGAUGGGCCAACAACAGGGCCGUUCCGCGCACCCGGUGGGCGCUGCAGCAUAACCUGGGCUUGGGGGGCGCGGCGGUGGUGACGGUCUACUGCCGGGCGGAUGGGCAGGAGGCGCAGGUGGUUGCGUCGGAGGACGUUGGGAGGGCGAAUAAGCUGGGCUAUAACCCGGCCGUGGAGGCGCGCAGCUUCACCGAGGAGCAGGCGAGAAGGGUCCGGAGUAAGGAUAAGACGCAUGACUGGGCCAUGACGGCUACGCUGCCUAUGUUGAAGGCUGCGCAGGCCAAGGUGUAG